AUCUAAUCAGGUGGCUGAGCCAAUAUUUGCCAUGGCAUCCGAACUCUGUAAAACGAUAUCAGAAGCAAAGCUAGAAAGGCACAAGAAUUUAUUCUUGAACUAUCGAAAUCUUCAUCAUUUUCCUUUAGAAUUGCUGAAGGAUGAAGGUCUGCAGUACUUGGAGAGAUUAUAUAUGAAAAGAAAUUCCUUAACUACCUUGCCAGAAAAUCUUGCCCAGAAACUUCCAAAUCUUGUUGAACUAUACCUGCAUUCAAAUAAUAUUAUUAUUGUUCCAGAAGCGAUUGGUUCUUUGGUUAAACUGCAGUUUCUGGACUUGAGCGAUAAUGCUCUUGAAAUUGUAUGCCCAGAGAUUGGGCGUUUGCGAUCUCUACGCCAUCUUCGAUUAGCUAAUAAUCAGCUAAAAUAUUUGCCAGCAGAGCUCGGAGACCUUAAAGAUCUGCAGACGCUGGAUGUCUCAACCAAUCAUUUGAUAACCUUGCCUGAAAAACUGCACAGGUGCCCCUCUCUUCAGUACCUCACUGCUGACCAGAACCAUCUCUGGUACGUCCCUCGCCAUCUUUGCCAGCUUCCCAGUCUGAAUGAGUUGUCCAUGGCAGGAAAUCAGCUUGCUUUCUUGCCUCUUGAUUUAGGUCGUUCCCGGGAACUGCAAUAUGUUUACGUGGAUAACAACGCUCACCUUCGAGGUCUCCCUUCUUACCUUUACAACAAAGUCAUUGGCUGUAAUGGCUGUGGUUCUCCUCUUCAGAAAUCAGAGCUGCAGCUUCUGUCCUUUUCAUCGGGACAGUUGACGGUUUUCCUCCCGGCGGAGGUGAAGCUGAUAGGCACGGAACUGGACCACGUGCUCCCCUUGCAGGAGGCGGCCAUGAGGACCUUAUAUAACACAUACUGCAAGUCUCUAAAAGAUUUGAAGUUCAUGACUCCGAUCUCAUUACCCAGAAGCCUCCUGGAUUUGCUGCACUGCCCUCUGGGACACUGCCACCGUUGCAGUCAGCCCAUGUUUACUAUUGUCUACCCAAAGCUCUUUCCCUUGAGAGAGACACCAAUGGCUGGAUUACAUCAGGGGAGAACAAGAGUCAGUUUUGUGGCAUAUUGCUGCUCCACCCAGUGUCUGCAGACCUUUGACCUAUUGAGCUGAUAAAUACUUAAAGGUAUUCAGGAGUGGUGCCAGCUUCAAAGCAGCAUUAGACUGUGGCUCCUAACCAGACUGGAAUAUGUGAUUGUGUGUGCCAAAGCAGUGGGAGGCAUUCCCCAACUGGGAACAUGGAGAACCCCUUGAGGCCUGGGUUCCUAUCAAAUCUGGACAAAAGGCAGAAGCUCUCAUGAAACCAUCGUGAUUGUCCAGCUUUAGAAAAUGUUUUAACACCUUCCUGUUCCUCCACGGGCAGAAGAUCAAGCAAGCAAACAUACAAUCAAAGACCCAGCUGGACACUUUUCAAAACUUGUACUUCUGAUUCAAGUUGCAUUUUAUACUUCACUUGGGUUGCAUGGGCAAUAUCAGUUAGUGUGUG